CCGCCCUCCCCCGGGGCGGGCGCGCAUGCGCGGCGCGGGCGGGGCGGAGGCAGCGCGGUCCGGGGCGCGAUGGGCGCGGAGGCGUGAGCGGCCCGGGGGCUCGGGCUGCGCCGCACCGGGACCGCCGACACCGGCAGAGGCCGCCCCCGAGCGAGGGAAGCAUGUUCCGGCUGAUGAGGGAUGGCGAGCCCGAGGACCCCAUGUUCGCCAUGGAUCCCUUUGCCAUCCACCGGCAGCACAUGAACCGCAUGCUGUCGGGGAGCUUCGGGUUCGGGCCGCUCCUUGGCAUCACGGAUGGGAGCACGCCUGGGGCUCGCCAGCCUGGCCGCAGGAUGCAGGCAGGAGCUGUUUCACCCUUUGGGAUGCUCGGCAUGGCAGGUGGCUUUAUAGAUAUGUUUGGGAUGAUGAACGACAUGAUUGGAAACAUGGAGCAUAUGACAAGUGGUGCUAACUGCCAGACAUUUACCUCCUCCACCGUCAUCUCCUACUCCAACCUGGGCGACGGGCCCAAAGUCUACCAGGAGACCUCAGAGAUGCGUUCAGCACCUGGCGGGAUCCGUGAGACGAGGCGAACCGUAAGGGACUCGGACAGCGGCUUGGAACAGAUGUCGAUUGGACACCACAUCAGGGAGAGGGCCCACAUCAUGCAGCGGUCCCGGAACCAUCGCACAGGUGACCAGGAGGAGAGGCAGGACUACAUCAACAUGGAUGAAAGCGACGCGGCCGCGUUCGACGACGAGUGGCGGCGAGAGACGUCCCGGUUCCGGCCGCAGCGGGGCCUGGAGUACCGGCGCCACGAGGGCAGCGGCGGCCGGCGCGCCGAGGGCACCCGGCUGGCGAUCCAGGGCCCUGAGGAUUCUCCCUCCAGACAGUCCCGCCGCUAUGACUGGUGAACUGGGAGCAGACCUUGUGGGGGGUGCGGCAUGGCCACCCCCAAGUCUACCUACACGCCCUUGUACAGCCAGUGAAACUCUGAAGCCCCUUCAAAGCACCACUUGGACCCUCCUCAAAUUUAGUAUUAACCUCCCUCCCACUUAAGAAUUGAAACAAAGCAACUAAUCUUCUGCAUUGCUCUUUUUCACCCCAUUUGGGUGCUGCAGUGGGGCAUGGGGAAUCUCACUGAUGUGCAAGGAACACAUUAAUUGCCCAUUCCCUCUCUGCUGUCCCUCGGCUCUGUUCUUUCUGCCAGUAGUGCUGGGCAUGAGGAGCUGCCACCUUGCCUCUUCCAUCCUUUCCACUCUUUCUGUGCUGGGUUGGGCUGGUUCUGAAGUUUGUGUUUAGUCCCCUGUGAAAGGAAUACGAGGGAAUUCUGCUAGAACCGCCUGUCAGUCCCCUCACCGGGACAGAGGCUUCGAUUCCCCUGCUGCUCCUUGGCACAUCUGUGGAGAAGCAGAGGGAUCUGUGUGUUGGAGAAGGGAGGAGCAGAACAAAAGCUGGAUCAGCCUGUGGGCCCCCGACCCCUCUUCAAUCAGCUCCCCCACUUUUUUAAUUUGUGAAACUUGUAACUAGAUGUUUACUGAAUAAAGAAACAAACUGUAAAGAA